AUGAAGCACCAGGACUUUCUGUGGGAGCAAUGGGUCACCAGAGUCAGUUGGUAUGUCGGUAUCCCUGGAUCUCGUUGUUAUCCUGGCGCACCAGGAAAAAUUAAAACUGAAACAGAUUGGCCUUUUGGACUACCGGGUUUACUAGAACCAAAGGGUCCUCUUCCUGGUCCAAUGGGAGAGAAAGGAAUGGAUGGUAAGAAGGACUGA